AUGGUCUACCAAGCGCCGCAGGCAGAACGCUUACCCAACGAAGUUCAGUUCUCGCUUGGUGGAUUCACGCGGAUCACCCAGCGCACAAGCUUAUGUCCCGCUCUACCGGGUGUGACCGGAACAAGUCGUCGCGAAGAGAUGCAAAGGAAUCUUGCCUCCCACAGCAUGAGUUUGGAGAUGGGCGCAGGCGCAGGGAUGGUUGGUACAGCUAUGGGAGUGAGCAGUGAAUUGAUUGGUGGGCUGGGGGAUAUCUAUGCGGUGUAUAACCCCUUCCACGGACCUUACCACCCUGACUAUCUCGGUCAAAAAUGGGUGCCACCUAGCAUGGCGGGUGUCAGUGCUGUCUCGAUCGCUGCUUUGCCGUUUUCUGGUGUUGGUAGUGUCAAUGGGGAAGCGACCUCUAAUUCGUCUUCGUCCAAUGCCUGUCCGACGACCAGAAAUGCUAACAACGGGAGCAAUGCCAGUGCUGAUUUGAAUGCAAAUACACACACGAGUGCAACUUGUCGUACUGUCAGCGUGGCAAAGCCACCGAGCAGCGCGGUGUCGUACUCCUCAUAUGGAGGAGACAGUUUCGCAACGGAGUCAGGCACGACCUGCACUGGUGCCAUUCUUCGUCCCCGUGACGAGGCAGCAUGGACGUCCCAUUUAAGAACCCUGCUCAAAGGGGGGUCAAAUCCAUAG